GAUAUUUAUACUGAGAGUAGUGUUUACCGCAUCCCAUCUUUAUCAGUGUGAAAUAGAUUACUGAAGUGUAUAUACGUAGACGAGAUGAAGCUCUUACUCCCAGUUCUGUUGAUGACACUGGCUGUUGUAUGUAACAGUGCAGUUUUGCCGAAUGUCAGCAGGUAUAAUUUGAGCGUUGGCUAUGUUCAACAAGGUGACAGAUUGUUGCAAAGAUCAUCUUUAUACCAGCCAGCUCGACCAAACGCAAUCCAGUACCAAGAUUACAUCUACCGCGGUAACUAUACUACCCGUAUAACAGCUGUCGUAGCUACCGAGGUGGGAUACACGCAGUACGCGUCCGCUUGGAUCAUGAGCGGCGGGAUAGGAUACAACAGUGUGACCAUAAGGGUACAAUCCGCAUGGGGAUACGGUUUUAACUAUGUAAUUGAUAUCUGGGGACGAUAAAUGAUUUACAAUUUAUUUAUUUAACAAUAACCAACAGAAUUACAUAUUUA